AUGGCUCCCCUGGAAGAAUCUGGAGACCAGUUCUCCGUGCUUCCUGUCAAGAUCCCCGCGACAUCAUCUUACCCAGAGACCGCCAUUCAUGAGAUUCGCAUACGGAAAAAUGCACCCAAGAUCCCAACCGCCAACGAUUCGCGAAGUCUAUUCCUUAAGAAUAUUCCCGUGGACAGCACAGAACCUCACUUUCGCUCAAUUUUUACGCAGCUCGUAGGCGCCGGCCGAUUCGAGACCAUCACCUUCGAGAACGAGUCGCGCACAGCAUUGGUUGUUGAUCCUGAGCAGGCCACAAAGGUUGCAGGUUUCGCAAAGAAGAGAAAGCGAGGAGACGUUGAGGCCGAAGAGAGGGAGCGCGAGGAGGAAGCUGCGCAACUACCGCAGAUCUGGUUGCGACGUGUCCAGCGCAGCAGUAGCACAGCAGUUGUGCUUCUAGCAGAUGAGAAGAGUGUGCAAUUGGUCCUCAAGGCUAUUACGAAACUACAAAAGAACAAAAAGUAUCCUACAUGGGGUAGUGAUCUGUCCGACGACGUCCCUGAUCUCAGUUCUGAAUGGAUCGCAUCACAUCUACAAUUGUCGCGCGUUGACAAAACUGCGACACAAAAGGCUGUACACGCCUUCUUUACAUCAUUCAACCGCAAGGAGAAGGAAGCCGUCGAGCUGGCCAAGAGACUACACAACGAGCCUGACGAGGACGGUUUCGUUACAGUGACUCGCGGCGGCCGAGCAGCUCCCGCCAGCCGAAACGAGGCCGAGGAAGCCAAGCGCAGGAUGAUCGAGAGGGAAACCAAGAAGAAGUCGGAGCUCAAGGACUUCUACCGCUUCCAGAUGAGAGAGCGACGCAAGGCGGAGCAGAUGGCUUUGCUGAAGAGGUUCCAAGACGACAGGAGAAAGGUGGAUGCGAUGCGGGAAAAGCGAGGCAAAUUCCGGCCAGAGACUUGA